AAAAAUUUAACCUCUCUAAAUUUAUUGUGUGAACGUCGACCCCCCAAACUAUUUCGGUCAGCAAAAAUUUCUCAGCUCCUCUUUCCCCCAAAGACAAAUUGGAAGAGCGAGAGAGAGAGAUAGAGAGAGAAAUUUAUCAGCUCCUCUUUCCCCCAAAGACAAAUUGGAAGAGAGAGAGAGAGAGAAAUUUAUCAGCUCCUCGUUCCCCCAAAGACAAAUUGAGAGAGAGAGAGAGAGAGAGAGAGAGAGAGAGAGAGAGAUUCAAUGGCGGAAUUAUACAAUUGGAAGGCAAAAACAUACGCAGAGAUAAGGCCAAGUUACCCACCACAGCUCUUUGAGUUCAUAGCUUCUCACACACCUUCUCACCUUUUGGCUUGGGAUGUGGGCACUGGAAGUGGUCAGGCUGCUCGAUCUUUAGCAAGGUUCUACAAGAACGUCAUAGCGACAGAUGCAAGCAGAAAACCGCUAGAAUUCGCAUCUGAACUUCCCAAUGUUCAGUACAAGCACACCUCUCUAACCAUGAGCAUAGCCGAGGUUGAACAAAAAAUAGCACCAAAAUCAAGCCUAGAUUUGGUGACUGCAGCCCAAGCCGUGCAUUGGUUUGACCUUCCAAGCUUUUACCAGCAAGUAAAGUGGGUUCUCAAGAAACCCCAUGGAGUCAUCGCAGCUUGGUGCUACACAGAGCCCAAAGUGAACUCCUCAGUGGAUGCUGUUUUCCAACAAUUUUAUACAGAUGAUUCUUGGCCCUUUUGGGACUCGAAGGUCCGUAAAGUGGUUGAUGAUGAGUAUAGAACGAUAGAUUUCCCAUUUGAGCCGGUGGAUGGAUUGGACGACACGGGGCCGUUUGAGUUUGUGGCUGAGAGAGGCAUGGACUUGGAUCAGUUUUUCGCCUACAUAACGUCUUGGUCUGCAUAUCAGACGGCGAAAGUCGAGGGUAUUGAGCUCUUGAGGAAGGAUGUGAUUGAGAGGUUCGAGUGUGCUUGGAAUGAGGAUAAAAAUGAUCAAAAGGUUGUGAAGUUUCCUGUUCAUUUGAAAAUAGGUAGAGUUGGCAACAUUUAGUUAGAAAACUUGGUGUAAUCUGCUUGACCGUUAAGCUCAAUCAAACAUUGGAAUUGGAUUUGUUUUGGAAUUGCUUUUGUGUUUGUUUUUUUU